AUGCUCCGCGGUGCUGUGAGGCCCCUGUUCCAGCGGUACGCGCUGGCGGCGCGGGCUGGCCCUGCUCUGCUGCUGGCCGGCGCUCGCGGUGCUGCCUCGAUCGCGACGCCGGGUGUGGCCUCGACCGCGACGCCGGGUGUGGCCUCGACCGCGACGUCGGGUGCGGCUGCCCCCCUGUCCGACGCAUCCCCGGCCGAGCGUCUGGCCGCCCUGCAGGCCCGGGCACAGCACCAGCUCUCGGUGACCGACGGGCAUGGGCCGAUGCGGCUGGACCGAUUUCUGCGGGCGGCCGGCCCGGCCGCCGGCCGGCCCGGUGCUCUGCCGAAUGCCUUGUUCCAGCGCCUCAUCCGCAAGAAGCAAAUUCCUCUCUUCUAG